CUAGAUAUUUACUUUGAUAGGGGUCUCUAUCGACUUACGAAAAUGAGGUUGUUCAUUAGGAAGUGCAGGAAACGUAAUGCCACAGUGGGUCAUGUUUUCCAAAAUCUAGUCAAAAGACAUCCAGAAAAGACGUGCUUAUGGAUGGAAGAUGAAAAAUGGACGUUUCAACAGGUUGAAGACUACAGUAAUCAAAUUGCUAAUUGUUUUGCUAAACUCGGUUUCCAUCGCGGCGAUGAUGUAGCUGUCUUCAUGGAAUCAAAGCCUGAAUUUGUUGGCAUAUGGUUAGGUCUGUCCAAAAUAGGUGUGGUUCCAGCACUCAUCAAUUCCAACUUGCGUCUUGAUCCUCUUGCCCAUUCCAUUACUGUUGUGAAUUGUAAAGCAGUUAUUUUUGGCAGUGAACUAACUGAUGCUGUGAAAGGAGUAAGCCCUCUGCUGAAAGAUGUCAAUAUGCAGUACUUCUGCUUAGGAGAAUGUAGUGAUGGUGAUAUCCCUGCUCGGUCUCUAAACAGCUUAAUUCAAGAGAGCUCCAUAAGCCCACCACCAACACAAAAUAAAGGGAAUAUGGAUGAUCGCUUGUUCUAUGUAUAUACUUCAGGAACAACUGGUAUGCCAAAAGCUGCUAUCAUUAGGCAUAGCAGGUUUAUGUGGUUAGGAGCUGGUAUCCACUACAUGAUUUUACUUAAAAGCAAAGAUGUCAUUUAUACAGCACUUCCUCUUUAUCAUACAGCUGGUGGAAUUUUAUCCUUAUCUCAGACUAUGCUAUUUGGAAAUACCCUUACUAUUCGAAAAAAAUUUUCUGCUUCAAAGUUUUGGGAUGAUUGUAUUAAAUAUCAAGCUACUGUUGCUCAGUAUAUUGGUGAAUUAUGCAGGUAUCUUCUUGCUCAACCUGAAAAUCCUCAAGAGAGGAAUCACCAAGUUCGAUUGAUGUUUGGCAAUGGAUUACGUCCUCAAAUUUGGAGAAAGUUUGUAGACAGAUUUAACAUAGCAAAUAUUGGAGAAUUGUAUGGAUCUACAGAAGGAAAUGCCAAUGUCAUCAAUAUUGAUAACAAAAUAGGAGCAGUUGGUUUUAUGUCCAGAAUAAUUCCAACAAUAUAUCCUGUCAGCCUUAUAAAAGUUGAACCCAGUACUGGAGAACCCAUAAGAGAUGAAAAAGGCUUAUGUAUACGAUGUGAACCAGGUGAACCAGGUGAAUUUGUUGGUAAAAUAAUUGUAACAGAUCCAUUAAGACAGUUUGAUGGAUAUGUUAAUAAGUCUGCAACCAAGAAGAAAAUUGUAAAAGAUUGUUUCCAAAAGGGAGAUAUGGCUUUCCUGUCAGGUGAUAUGUUGAUGAUGGAUGAGGAUGGUUAUUUGUAUUUUGUGGACCGAACUGGUGAUACCUUCCGCUGGCGUGGUGAGAAUGUAUCAACAAUGGAAGUUGAGGGAGUUAUAAGUAAUAUUCUUGGUCUAACUGAUUCUGUUGUAUAUGGUGUAAUUGUUCCAGAUGUUGAAGGUCGAGCUGGCAUGGCUGCCAUUUGUGAUCCUGAAAAUUCAGUUGAUUUGAAGCACCUGCUGAAUGAACUUACUAAGGUUCUGCCUUCAUAUGCUGUUCCUCAAUUCAUAAGAAUAUGUGAUAAACUGGAAUCUACAGGCACAUUUAAGUUAAAGAAAGUGGAUCUCCAGAAGGAAGGAUUUGAUCCUUCUAUAGUGAAAGACCCAUUGUAUUACUUGAACAAAAAGCUUAAUGCCUAUGUAAAGUUAGAUACUGAAGUAUACUCAGAUAUUUGCAGUGGGCGAAUUCGUAUAUGAAAUACCCUAUGCAAUUAGUUUCACCUAUUGUAAAGUAUUUUGAGCAAUUAAUGUAUAAAGGGAAAUACUUUUGUUGCCAGUUAAAAAAAGCAUAUGUUGGCACAAUUACUGAAGAUUUGACUGUGAAAAAGGAGUCGGACAUUUUAUAUAGAAUUUCAAGUGAUAUAUUUAUUUUAAAUAGUCCUUAUAUAUUUUUUUUAAUUUAAAGUCAUAGAUUUCAGCUAUUAAUACUAGCAAUGUCAUUUUUUGUAUGUGUGAACAUAAUAUUCAAGCGGCAUGUUGAUAAUUUGCGAAUUUGUUUUCCUGUAUGAAAUAGAAACUGUUUAGGUUUAGCUUUAAUUUAUUAGUUUAGGUCUAUUUUUAAAAUUCUCAGACAUACCACACUUCCUGAAUUCCAUGUAAUUAAUUUUUACCUUAUUUAUUUACAUAUUUGUUUUAAAUCUCAAAAAUCUCCUGUAACAUUUGUAUGAUGAUAAAGUCUUUUGUGCAUGAUAUUGAUUAAAUUUUGAAAAUUUAUGAUAAAAAUGUGAAAGUACUUGUUUCAUUAAUUUGCUAAUACUUAAUCAUAAAUCUGUAAAAAAAAAAUUGUUUGUUUGAUAUUGAUAUAUGAAAACGGUGCACAUUUUUACAUUUUCAUGUUAAAGCACUGAUUAGCUUACUCAGUAUUAAAUUUUUCCUAGUGCCUUGUAGUAUUUUAACCCCCCUUUCUAGGGGACCAAAUUAUUGGAUGCUUUAAAAAUUUUAAACUUUAUCUCAUGAGCAGUUUCUUUCAAUGUUAUAUGAGUUUCAUUAGGUAUAAAUGAUUAACGACAUUCGCUUAUAUAGUUUAGUAUAUUCAUUUAAUUCUUGGAGAUGUUGAAUACAUGGAGCUAAUAUACUAACAGUUUUUAUAUUUCAUGUAUUUAUUUAGUAUUCUUUUAACUUGAUGCCCAUGUAAAUCAGAGGGAUUACUAAAUAUAUUUAAAUUCAUAUUGAGCUUUUGUUCUAAAUUUAUGCUAUUAUCUUGUUUGCAGAGUAAUUUUGGAUAUGCUUAUCAAAUUUAUGCAGAUCAUAUAUAAAUUAAAAUGAAACUAAACUUCGAAUUAUUGUUGACUGUUGCCAUCACAAAUAAAAAAAAUCUUCUGAAGCCUAAUGCAGAUUCUAAAGCCUAAUGCUGUUAUAUAUUUUGAAACUUAUGCAAUUGUUACUGCAGUGUUUUCUCUCAAUGUUUUAAUAUUUGGAAAUUUAUUUAUCUGUGCCUUUUUGAAUGUAAAUGCAGGUUUGAAUGCAUUCCAAUAUGUUUUGAAUGCAGUAUUUUGGUUAGAGAAUCUAUUUUUAGGAAGGUGAAUUUUUAAAGCUUAUUCUUAUGAGAAAAUGUAUUUUAUAAUCAAAAAAUACCAAAGCAAUUCUGUGGAAAGUUCUUUUGCACAAUUCUCUUUUCAGUACUAUUUUGCUUAACUAUUUUGAUGCCUUUUUUGGGCUACUGUAAUGAUUUCAUAUUGUUUUAUAUUGUGCGUCUUCAGCAUUAAAUGUUUCUAAUUGAUUCAGCAGCAUAAAUUAAUAUAAUCUUUAUUCAAAAACAUAAAUUUAUGUACAUUGAUUUUAACAUGAGUAUAUAUUCUAAACAAUUUACAAGUAUUUUAUACAUUCAUUUAUGUACAGUUCAUAUAGUACCACAUAGAUCAAUUGUUCAUUUUUGCAUGUAAAAACUUCAUACAUAUGCUGGACAAUAAAUAUUUAAUGCAGUAAUUGUCUAUACUGUAUUUUAUUUGUGUACUGAAUAUUUCUUGUUAGACUUCUCUUGAUUUGAAUACAAUUUAAAUAAAUCACAGUGAAAAGUAGAAAUUUUUUUCUUAAGAACUGUAUUGCUUUUAAAACUCUUUAUUGUCAUUAAACUUUCAGAUUAAAUUUGAAAGUAUCCUAGGCUUUAUUGAAUUGCAAACACUGGCGUGUAAAAAAUAAAAAUAUUUUAUUUCUGGCCACAGCAAAAUAUUGCUUUCAUCAGGUUUGUUAAUUAAAAUUGAAAGAUAUUUAUCUUAUAUUUUCUCAAAUGGCAACAGACAAUGUUGCCCCGUGAGAGAUAAAAAUGUUUUAUUUUGAACAAUUUUAUCUCUGCUCACUUUCAAAUAGUUGAGUUUGUUAAUUAAAAAUUCAGUAGUUUUACAAAAUAUGAAAUAAUAAAACAUAUUCAAAAUUCGAGCUUCCACGUGGAGGAUUACCCUAUUCUAAUUUUGAUGGCUCUUAACAGUUUUUUCAUAGUGAGGGAAUCUACAUUGAAGCAUAUAGAUUCUUCAUUAUUUGAUUUUUCUAAAAAUAGUAUAUUACAAUAUUUGGCGGCAACAGUCUGAAAAGUGAUUGGCUGUUUAUGGUGAACCAACACAAAAUCCGAUUUCAACCAAUAGCCCCUUUUGCAUUAAUAAUUAAUGAUAGUUACACAUAUAUUUUGAAGAGCAUAUUCAGACUAACUGAAAAGAUCAUCGAAUUGACUUCUGAAAUACAUAGGUCACUCUGAUAUUUUUGAAAUACAUGCAGACUAUAAGGGGCAGAAAACAAAAUAACGGUUAGAUUUGAAAAUAUGAACUAUUUUACCCUAGGAGACUGUUUAUUAUUGACCAAUCGCUAGAAGUUUUAGUGUAUAAUAAAGAUUAGGCAGAAGAAAAAAUGGAGUUGAGACAAGAACAUUAUCAUGUUAUGAUUUUGUUGUUGUUCAUUCAUUUAUUGAACAUUCAUGUUAUGCUUGCGAGAUUAAAUUAAAAAAAAUAUUAGUUCAAAUUAGCAUUUGGAAAUGAAGGUCCAUCUCGUGCUACUGUAUUCAAAUGGUCUAUAGAAUUUCACAAAGGUUGUAACUGUCUUCAGGUUGAAGAAACACAGGAAUGCUGCUGCCAGCAGUAAUCCUGGAUAAUGUGUCUGCCAUAUGGAAAAUGUUAAUCGUUGAUAGUCGCUGCAUCUACCAAAUGAUACAGAAGGAACUUAACAUUGGAUCCACUGCUGUAAUUAAAAUUAUUCAUGAAGAAUUGUAUAGGAAAAAAACUAGUUUCCGAUCAUUUAACUGACAGCACCACAAUGAAAAGUGUAUCAAAAUCAGUAAAGAAACCCCUUAAAUUACUUAAAGAUGCCACCACAUUAUUUCUAAAAUCAUAACUGGUGGUGAAACAUACAUACCAUUUUUUGAUGUUCCAACAUGUCAAGAAAAGUAUGUGUCUUUGAAAAUGAUUUCAUGCCCACAAGUUGUGGGGGAAAAAAAAAUGCCAUGAGAAAAAAAAAUAACAAUAAUGUAUACCGUUUUAUUCACAAGUACAGGACUAGUCAUCAGCAGACAGUCACAGCUAACGGUACACCACUAUCUUUCAAAAAUUUUUCAAGACGUGAAUGUUAGGACUUUCACCACAACAAUGCAUCUUCUCAUUGAGUAAGAUUGACAGUAGAGUUUUUGGAACAAAAAUGCAUCAAAGUGAUAAAACAUCCACCCUAUUUCAUCCGAUCUAGCUAUGUGGGACUCUUAGCUAUUUUUUAAUGUAAAAAAGAACUUACAUGGACAUUGUUUUCAUUCAGAAGAUGAGAUUGAUAAGGCUAUAAAUGCAUUUUUUCAUUGAUUUCAAGAAAUAAAUGGCUUGAGUCAUUUAAUUUUUGGAAAAUUUGCCUAGAGUAAUUUGUCUUUCCUUGAUUCUGGAGAAGACUACUUUGAACAUUCCUAAAAUUUUGUCAGUAUAACUUCAAAAACCUAUGUCUAUCUUAGAAAUUUCAGAAUGACCCGUAUGAAAUGAAAAUUAAUGGAACUUCUGUUGGAAAAAUAUGAAGCUGAACGGCAAAAUUUUUUUUCCGUAAGUGCCAUAGCAUGCCUGAGAAGCACCAAAACCUUUAUUGAUCAGUAAUUUGAUUUCCUACUGGCAGUAUGUAGUUGUGUUUCUUUUUAUAUUACCAGUUUUCUGAAAAAGUGAUGUAAAGUAUACUAAGUUAAUAUGUAUACAGAUAUCCAAUUAAUAAUAUUUAAUUUGAUUCAUUAUGCUUACUUAUUAAAUACUGAAUUUGACUAAUACUUACAAGCAAGGUCAACCUUAAACUCUCAAUUAUUUUGAAAAAGAAAUAUACACGGAUCUAUUGAUCAAGAAAUUCAUUCCAAUAAUAAAAUUAGCUGUUAAUAUUCUACAGCUGAGUAGUUAAAAAAUUAAGAUUUGGCAAUACUUCAUUAUUUUGUAACUUUCAAAAUUUAAUUUUAAAAAUUUAAGAGUCAUUAAGUUGAUCAACUUUUGUAAAAUAAUAAAUGAAGAGAUAACAAGUAAAAGAGAUAUAGUUUCUUCAUUUAUAAUUUUAAUUAAGUUUAUAUUAAAUAUAGUUAGCAACAUAAAAUGGAAAGUUUAAACAGAGCUGUGAAAAAUUAGGUCAAGACAAAAUAAAUUCUGGAAUCAUUUUACAGUAGAAAGAUUCCAUAUUAUAGUCAUUUUAGCAUGAUGCAGACAGGACACAUUUUACUUGAUAAUAUAUACACUGACUACAGACUAAAUAUAAAGCACAGAUGGGAUGCAGGAGAAAAUUACCAAAAACAAUCUAUUGGAAAUAACGAAUUUUAGAAAUUCAGGACCAUCACCAGCCAAAUGCUAAAAAUUACUGAACACAAGUUGUUCAACAUGGAUUCAAAACAUGGUGAAGGGACUGGUUGUAGGGUGCUUUUCCCUAUGAGUAACAUGAGCACCAGCCAUUUAACUUGAUUUUCAUUUUUUAAAAUUUUUUCUUCCAUUACCAUAUUUUUGAAUUUUUUCUCCCAUGCAUAAAUUUAUUUUGGAUACAUUGCAAGCUAGAGUAAGUUAAAAUUUAACCCUUUUCUCUCCCUUGUAAUCACAUGAUUAUAUGAUGAUGAUGACUCACUCUUCUUUCCUCGGUUCCUUUAUUUAACUGACAGAAGCAUCUGUGAAUUCAAUUUCACUUGUGUUAUCCAACUCAUUUUCAGAAUUAAUGAAGCAAGGAAGUUUUCUAUUGCUUCAUCAAAUAUAACUUCUCGCAGACUUUCAUAUUCCUUUAAAUCUUGAAAAUAAAAUUCUUUAGUUGCAUAUCUUCUUGCAUAAAAAUCUGUUAAUUUCAAAUGUUUGGCCACAUUGCACGUAUUUAUAACUCCACAUAAAGAUUUGAUUAACUUUGAAUUUAUGAUUAAUUUUGAAGUCCAUUUCAGUGUCAUCUUAAUUUUUAGAUUCGGCAAUAAUUUCAAUUAUAAGUUAUUUUGCAAAAAAAAAAAAAAAAAAAAAAAAA